CGCCGCGCCGCGGGCUGGUGGGCUCAGUUGCUGCUCCAGUGCCGGGAAAUGACCCUUCCCGGAGGCCCGACGGGCAUGGCGCGAUCGGGGAGCGCCGGGUCCUGCAGUCCCGGGCUGGAGCGGGCCCCGCGCCGGAGUGUCGGAGAGCUGCGCCUGCUCUUCGAGGCGCGCUGCGCCGCGGUUGCUGCCGCCGCCGCUGCCGGGGAACCCCGGGCCCGUGGGGCCAAGCGGCGUGGGGGACAGGUUCCAAACGGGCUUCCGCGGGCUCCCCCAGCCCCGGUGAUCCCGCAGCUGACCGUGACAGCCGAGGAACCGGACCUACCCCCGGCCAGCCCUGGACCGCCCGAGCCGGAGGGUGACUGGCUCCCGGCAGUGGGCUCGCACCUGCAACAGCCACGGCGCCUUUCCACCUCGUCACUUUCCUCCACCGGCUCCUCGUCGCUGCUUGAGGACUCGGAGGACGACCUGCUGAGCGACAGCGAGAGCCGGAGCCGCGGCAACGUGCAGCUGGAAACAGGCGAGGAGGUGGUUCAGAAAAGCCACUGGCAAAAGAUCCGGACCAUGGUGAAUCUGCCAGUCAUGAGCCCUUUCAAGAAGCGCUAUGCCUGGGUGCAGCUGGCGGGACACACAGGGAGUUUCAAGGCUGCUGGCACGAGUGGACUGAUCCUGAAGCGCAGCUCGGAGCCUGAGCGCUAUUGCCUGGCGCGGCUGAUGGCUGAUGCGCUGCGUGGCUGUGUGCCCGCCUUCCAUGGCGUUGUUGAACGCGACGGCGAAAGCUACUUGCAAUUGCAGGACCUGCUUGAUGGCUUCGACGGACCCUGCGUGCUUGACUGCAAGAUGGGCGUCAGGACUUACCUGGAAGAGGAACUGACCAAGGCCAGAGAGCGGCCCAAACUUCGGAAGGACAUGUACAAGAAGAUGCUGGCGGUGGAUCCUGCAGCACCCACUGAGGAGGAGCAUGCGCAACGGGCUGUCACUAAGCCUCGCUACAUGCAGUGGCGGGAAGGCAUCAGUUCCAGUACCACGCUUGGCUUCCGUAUCGAGGGCAUCAAGAAAGCAGAUGGCUCCUGCAGCACCGACUUCAAGACUACACGAAGCCGGGAGCAAGUGACUCGCGUCUUUGAGGAGUUUGUACAAGGCGAUGCAGAAGUGCUGAGGAUGUAUCUGAACCGUCUGCAGCAGAUCCGAGAUACCCUGGAGGUCUCUGAGUUCUUUAGGAGGCAUGAGGUGAUUGGCAGCUCGCUCCUGUUUGUGCAUGAUCAUUGCCAUCGAGCCGGCGUGUGGCUCAUCGACUUUGGCAAGACCACACCCCUUCCCGAUGGCCAGAUCCUGGACCACCGGCGGCCCUGGGAGGAGGGCAACCGUGAGGACGGCUAUUUGCUGGGGCUGGACAAUCUCAUUACCAUCCUGGCCAGUCUUGCUGAGAGAUGAAGCCAACCCUUUGUCCCAACACUUGGGCCAACAGUCAGACAGAUGUGGACCUGCAGCUGCAUCCCCACUGUGCAUGCCAGCAAGAGACAGGAAUACCGCUGGGCGGGCAGUUCAUUCAGUCCUGCAGGGCCAGGUGCCAACCACUAAGGGAAUGCACUGCCAACACCCAGAAUUGGCCUCCACUGAGCCCCAGUGUUCCCAGAGCUUAAUGACACUAAUUUUAUAGGAGGGGAGGGGAACCAUGGGCUCCUUCGCCAGCCCAGCUCUUCUGAGGCAGCUUUGUACCUCUCCAGAGGGGCCAGGUAAAAGAUUUUAUUUCACAGGUCUAGACCUAUUGGUCUAACUUCCCACACUACAAUGGACUCCUCAUUCCUAAUAAAACUCAAAGAC